CACAUUAUUUAUAUAUUGUAGGUACUUUUUCCAUACUUGAUUUAAAAAGGAAAGAGAAUUCUGGGAUAGGAUGAAGAAUUUUGAGAUAAGAUCGAGUCCAUCAUCUAUUUAUUAUAUAGUGAUCAUUUAGUAAUUCUCCUUACAGAAUCUCUGGUUGUUUUGGCUUCCAGAUGGGCCUGGUUCCCAGGUGUUCCCAGUACUCAGCUUCAGAGCCUCCAGGUUUAACCCACCAUGGAAACAAUCACCUGUAAUGGAUCAGGGGACUCCUCAACCAUCUUCUACCUUAUGGGCAUCCCCUCUCUGCCAAAAUGCCUCUUCCUUCCUAUUUUCUUUGUCUUUCUCCUCCUCUACAUGCUCAUCCUGAUGGGUAAUGCCUUGAUCCUGGUGGCUGUGGUGGCAAAGCCCAGCCUCCACAAGCCCAUGUACUUCUUCCUAAUCAACCUCUCCACCUUGGACAUUCUUGUCACCACAACCACUGUCCCCAAGAUGCUGUCCCUAUUCUUGCUUGGGGACCGCUUCCUCAGCUUCCCUGCCUGCUUCCUGCAGAUGUACCUGUUCCACAGCUUCUCCUGCUCAGAAGCCUUCAUCCUGGUGGUCAGGGCCUAUGACCGCUAUGUGGCUAUCUGCCACCCACUGCACUACCCUGUCCUCAUGACCCCACAGACCAACACUGUCUUGGCAACCAGUGCCUGGCUCACUGCCCUCCUCCUGUCCAUCCCAGCAGUAGUAAGGACCUCCCAGAUGGCAUUUGACAGCAUUGCCUGCAUCUACCACUGCUUCUGUGACCACUUGGCUGUGGUCCAGGCCUCCUGCUCUGACACUACCCCCCAGACCUUCAUGGGCUUCUGCAUCGCCAUGGUGGUGUCCUUCCUCCCCCUUCUCCUGGUGCUUCUCUCCUAUGCCCACAUCUUGACCUCGGUGCUUCGCAUCAUCUCCCAAGAAGGACGCUCCAAAGCCUUCUCCACCUGCAGCUCCCACCUCCUGGUGGUGGGCACCUACUACUCACCCAUUGCCUUAGCCUAUGUGGUGUACAGGGCUGACCUGUCCCUCGACUUCCACAUCAUGGGCAAUGUGGUAUUUGCCAUUCUCACACCCGUUCUCAACCCUCUCAUCUACACACUGAGGAACAAGGAUGUCGAAGCAGCCAUCACCAAGAUUGCAUGUCCCCGGUAG